GGGACUUCAUGGCAUUGCCAUAAAUGAUCAGCUUGGUGUGGCGACUGUGCAGGGAAAGUCCCUCAAAAUAUCACAUGACUGAUAACAACGGCAGCCUCCAGCUCCGCAGAUAAAGGAUGUUCAUGGGAAGAAAACUAGAUAAACCCAGCUAUUUGUCAAUGUCAACAUACAUACCUAUAUACGACACUAGAUGUUGGCUUUACAUCAUACUUAGCUUAGGAGUCCUUAGUUCAGCCCACAGAGCAAGUUUCCGGAUAAGUUAGUAUCUUAUAAGUAACUGUAUUGUAAUAUAAAAUAGAUCUACAUAACUCUUCCAUUGGUUAAAUAAAAGAACCAAUUUGUCUUUUUGCUCUGGCUGCUAAUUGGCUAUGCUUUCUCAAAUCAAAGUUUCUCCUAAAGAAAAGAACCACGUUUUGUUUAAUUUGUGGGUGUAUUAGCAGUGCAAACACCGGUUCACUUGGUGGGAAUUACACAGACGUUAUCCAUGUGUAAUCUCCUGUCAGAUAGAACCGCAGGCAAACUGUGUGCAGGUUUGUAAAGAAGGCUGGUGGGUUGGAUUCAACAAAGAGCUAGAAAGAGACUGAAACCUCACCCUUUAACAUAAGAUGACCCGUUGUCUCAUGAAACAAUGAAGUUCUGUCGUCUUAAAACAUACCUUUGCCUCUCUGCUCAGGUUGUGAUAAUUCUGUUCUUGAUCCUCCUGUUUCGGAACCCCAGACAAGAACAGGUGUACCCCAGAAGGCAUCAAGAAGACACAAGCUUAACCAUAAAAGAUCUGAACAUAGAGAGCCAAGAUGUUGCAAAUAGAUACUCAACACAGAAAGAUGACUUUGAGGUUGAGAACAAUCCACAAGAUGUGUUCAGACCCCAGAAUCCUCCAAUGGUCUUCAAACAGAUCCUCAGUAAAACAUCUGCUAAUAAAAAAACAAUACCCACAGCCAAGUCUGCCCUUAAGCCAAACUUUAAACUAAAACUACGGCCUUCUUCACAAUCACACAGAACCCAAACGAGUACUACAAAUGCCACAACAAGAAGAGGUCCCUCGGUCAAAUAUUCUAGAACUGUCCAGGAACGUGGAAUUUUGCUCAAGAUAUCUUCUACUGGAGUUCAAUCUAAAGUGUUUACAGCUAAAAUUAGAAAUUCAUCAGCCAUUAUGGUCCACACUCAAAGGAAACCUCUGAAGAUUGAGUACUUUACUGCUGAGCCCCACUGGAUUUUUGGUGAUGAUUACACUCUAGACACUUCUUCUAUGCAAACAAGCUGCCCAAUAUCUGUGAAAAUCAAGGCUCUCAACUCAUCUUGGCUGAAGGAACUAUUUCUUCCUCAAGUUGUGAUUUUCAUGGAAAAACAUCAUUUCGACAAGCAGGAAUGGGACAGACUCGGACACUUCAUUCCACCUUUUGGUUGGAUGGAAUUAAAUUAUACAGUGGUCAAAGAGGUGGUCUCUGUACUCCCUCAUCUGCCUGAUCAGCAAAUCCUUCUUUCUGCCCAGAAAAGUGAGAGUCCACGCUGUAUUAGCUGUGCAGUAGUGGGUAAUGGGGGGAUUCUGAAUGGGUCACGACUUGGUAAGGAGAUCGACUCACAUGACUAUGUCUUUCGUGUCAAUGGGGCGGUGAUCCAAGGAUUUGAAAAAGAUGUAGGAACAAGGACCUCAUUUUAUGGGUUCACAGCUUUCACCAUGCUAUCCUCCCUCUACCUCCUUACUGAAAAAGGGUUUUCCAGUAUCCCAAAGGACAAGGAGACAAAGUACAUCCUUUACACUGAGGGCAGCAGAGACUACGAGUGGUUAAAGGCUUUACAACAGAACAAAGAGAUCAGCAGAGGGAUUCUGGAGAAUUACAGGCUGCGUCCUCAAGAUGAUUUUGGGAAUUCUUUUGAUCCAAAGAAGCUAUUAGUCGCUCAUCCGGACUUUGUAAGAUAUCUGAAAAACAGGUUUUUAAGGUCAGAUGUAUUGGAUGGAAAAAACUGGAAUCUCUACAGGCCAAGUACAGGUGCUUUAGUUUUGCUGACGGCAAUGCAUCUGUGUGAUACGGUCAGUGCUUAUGGUUUCAUGACAGAUGAUUACAUGAACUAUUCUGAUCAUUACUAUGACCAGAUGAAGAUUCCAAUAACUUUUUAUAUUAAUCAUGACUUUCUUCUGGAAAGAGAUUUGUGGAGGAACCUGCAUCGAGAAAACAUAAUUAAGCUCUACCAAAGGACAUAAAUAUGAUAAGACCAGUCUUCCGUUGCGCUCUCAGGGACAAAUCCAGAGAUGAUUCUAUUAGGGUGGAACCUGAAGAAGUUCCUAAGGGGAGGAUCUGAAACAUUGGAUGUGAUAUUAACAGUCUAUGGAUGACCGAAGACAUGUUUAAAACAUGUCAAACAGAAGAUAUGGAAAAUCAUUCUUAUUUUAUCAACUGGAGUGCAGACAUCUACAUAUUGCUAUGACAUUUCCUCUGAAAGAGACAAUGACUCACAUUUUAAUUCAUGUAAAUGAGAGAAU